AUGAAAAUCUACAUGUGGGUGAUCUGUGGGAUUGGAUUGCCAGCGAAUAUUCUGAUCAUCGCAACCAUCUCAACAUUUCGAUCCCGAGGCCCUGCCCCAUUUUUGCUCUGCCUCCUGGCCGUCAUUGAUAAUGCUGUUCUUGUUGCUAAACUCAUUGAAAGUAAUAUUUCAGCCUACCAGGUAGAACUUGGCCGGUACGGCUGCAAGAUGGUCGAAGUUCCUUUUAGAACGCUCGCCGCCAUCAGGAACUGGACAGUCGCCGUAAUGUGCGCCAAGCGGUACCUUGCUGUUUGUAAGCCGUUCAAGAGGAACGUCUGGAUCUCUAACAGACGUUGCAGACUUAUCGUGUCUUUGAUUUCGACCAUUCUUACAAUGUGUGUUCUA